UCUCUCUCUCUCUCUCUCUCUCACACACUCCCUCCGUGGUCGCUUCUCUAAACACUCCCAUUUCCCACAAGCGGCCAACGUUAAGAUCCUUGAUCCACCACCGCUAAGACCGGACUGACCCCCCCAUUCAAUCCAUAGACCCGUAUCUGUCGACACUGCAGUCCUCGCGGGCCGCGUUGAUCCGUUUCUUCGCAGCAGCCUCUCUGCUUCUUCUUGCAUACCCACUUCAGAAGUGGGUGGUAGGUGAGGUUGGUGAGGAAGCUAUUUUGUUCUAGAGGUUAAAGACCGAAACAUGGCUGCUCUGUCUCAACUGCGUUACAACCCACUUGGCGGCCGGCACUACAGUUUCUUCGCCAAUAACCGCCAUCGGAUAAACAACAACCCGUCUGCGGUUGCCUUCUCACCUUCCUCAUCCUCCCUCAAUAGUCAAAACCAGUCCUUUCUCCUUCCAGAGAUAAAGCCUGUCCCAGCCAGAUUGCAUGCGAAGUUUGAUUUUUCAUGUGGUGGAGGAGGUGGCAAUGGUGGGGUUGGCAAUGGAAGCAGCGGCAGCGGCGGCAGUGGUGGGUGGAGUGGGAGUGGGGAUGGCAGUUCUGAUGAGUCGAAGGGUGUGGGAAUUUUGGGCCUUUUCCUCAAUGGGUGGAGAUCCAGAGUUGCUGCAGAUCCCCAAUUUCCAUUCAAGGUCUUGAUGGAGGAAAUAGUAGGGGUCAGUGCAUGUGUUCUGGGAGAUAUGGCUUCUCGCCCCAAUUUCGGGCUAAAUGAGCUCGAUUUCGUGUUCUCCACUCUCGUUGUUGGAUGCAUACUGAAUUUCACUCUUAUGUACCUCUUAGCGCCCACUGCAUCUGUAGCAUCGUCCAGUCUCCCUGCCAUUUUUGCUAGUUGCCCGAAGAGUCACAUGUUUGAAGCCGGCGCUUAUGGCAUGGUUGAAAGAUUUGGGACUUUUGUGUACAAAGGAAUGGUUUUUGCCGCGGUCGGGUUUGCUGCUGGCCUCGUAGGGACAGCUCUCUCGAAUGGCUUGAUCAAGAUGAGGAAGAAGAUGGACCCCAAUUUCGAGACACCGAAUAAGCCUCCCCCGACCAUCCUGAAUGCAGCCACAUGGGCAAUUCACAUGGGUUUGAGCAGCAAUUUCAGAUACCAAACUCUGAAUGGCAUCGAGUUCUUGCUGGAGAAGUGGCUUCCCGCGCUGGCCUUCAAGACAUCUGUAGUGGCUCUGAGGUGCGCAAACAACGUGCUUGGUGGGAUGACGUUUGUGAUAUUGGCAAGGUUGACAGGAUCACAGAGUGUCGAGGAAGGGAAGCCUGGCAAAGUCGAAGACGGGUUGGUUUCAGAGAAGGCGAAGUUAGUUGAUGGGGAAGGUAAGGAUGUCCAGGGCAAUGAGAACAGUUGCAAGUGAUGUAGGUUUAAUUAUGUCCAGGUUGCUCUUUCGAAGUUCUCUAUAACCGUAGGCCUUUUCUGCUCAUAGCUUUGAUCAAAGGCUGCAAUAAAGUUUGAAGAGGUGGGUGUUACUUGGU